CAAGUUUACGCUGGUUCUGAGUUUUAAAUUUUUGGCUAUCCAAUUUUGGUAGCGCGCUGCGAUGGCACGCGAAGAUGACAAUGGAUUUAGCGAUUGGGGUGGAUACUUUGAAGCGAAAAAGGCAAAGCUCGAGGAGCAAUUUGCGGCCGCUAGCGAUCCAUUUCGCAAGUCAAAUCUCUUUGAUGGCAUUUCAAUUUUUGUCAAUGGCCUGACCAAUCCAUCAGCCGACGAACUCAAGCGUAUUAUGAUGGUACAUGGCGGCACAUUUCAUCACUAUGAACGCUCGCACACGAAUUUCAUCAUAGCGUCCAAUUUGCCUGAUGUGAAGGUUCGUAAAAUGGACACCAGCCGGAUAAUUAGUGCCCAAUGGGUAGUUGAUUGUGUGCAACAGAAGCGUAUUGUCGACUACAAGCCGUAUUUGUUGUAUACCAAUCAAAAAACGACGCAGCCGCGUCUAAAUUUUGGGAAGGCUAAAAACAACGAUUCAACAGUGUCCGAAGGAUCGGGAACCCUUGAGAGCGCCCUGGGUGGCAUACUCAAGGAGCUACAGCAGGCUGUGGCCACUUCGCCCGACAAAAACUCAUCCACUGUGACCAAUGUGACCACUACGACGACCAGUACCAGCAACAGUGCACGUACUGCCGUCGACCCAGCGUUCCUCAGUGAGUUCUACAAAAACUCGCGUCUGCAUCAUAUUGCAACGCUCGGUUCCGGUUUCAAGCAAUAUGUUUGCGAGUUGCGUCAGGCGCAUGGAAACAAAUCGUUUGUGAAGCGCACCGAACUCCGUUCACAACUAGGUUGCAAGCAGUCAGAUAUUCCUAUUACGACUCCGAAACGUUAUGUUAUGCAUAUUGAUAUGGACUGUUUCUUUGUAUCUGUGGGCCUGCGGAAGCAUCCAGAGCUGCGUGGCCUGCCCCUUGCCGUAACACAUUCCAAAGGUGGAAGCGCAGCCACCGAUGUGCCCGUACAUCCUCAAGCUGACCGUCAAGUUGAACAGGAGCUGUUUGCCCAACGCUUUGAGCACCAAAAGCACGACAACAUUCGAGCGGACAAGGUGCGCUAUGGAUUUGAAAAGAAAAUGUCGCUGUCGGAGAUUGCUUCAUGCAGCUACGAGGCGCGCGAAAAAGGCAUUAAGAAUGGCAUGUUUGUUGGCCAGGCGCUCAAGCUGUGCCCCGACCUGAAAACUAUCCCUUACGACUUUGAGGGCUAUCGCGAGGUGGCCUUUGCUCUGUAUGAUACUGUGGCCCAGUACACGCUCAAUAUUGAAGCUGUUAGCUGCGAUGAAAUGUUUGUUGAUCUGACGGAUUUGUUGCAAGAACUACAAGUCGAUGUUAUGACGUUUGUGACACAUCUGCGCCAGGAGGUGCGUGAUAUAACUGGUUGUCCUUGCUCCGCGGGAGUGGGUGACAAUAAACUGCUGGCUCGCAUGGCUACCAAGCUGGCCAAGCCCAAUGGACAGCAUCUGCUGGACACUGAUGAUGCGGCCAAAUAUAUGGCGUCCUUUGCGUUAGAUGUCCUACCUGGUGUGGGCAGCAGCAUGACCUAUAAGCUCAAUCAGGCAGGCCUAAUCACAUGCGCGGAUGUUCAGUUGGUAUCGCUGGUGCGCCUGGAAAUGCUACUGGGCAAGAAAAUGGCACAAACACUAUACCAAAACUGUCGUGGCAUUGAUCCACGUCCUCUAGUCUAUGAACAGCAACGCAAAUCUGUCUCUGCUGAGGUCAAUUACGGCAUACGUUUCACCAAGAACGAGGAGCUGGAAAAGUUUAUACAGCAGCUUAGCAUCGAAGUGCACAGCCGUCUCAUCGAGAUCAAGCGCAAGACCAAAUUGAUAACCUUGAAGCUGAUGGUGCGUGCUGCAGAGGCACCUGUUGAAACAUCCAAAUUUAUGGGUCACGGUGUCUGUGACAAUCAAACAAAGUCUUCGCUUCUCAAGCAAAGCACCGACGAUGUUGAAAUAAUUAUGUCAAAUGUGCUUAAGCUGAUGAAAGAGUCCGGCUUCCCGCCACAUGAGCUGCGUGGCAUUGGCAUACAUUUAGGCAAGCUGGAUGAUAUAGUCGAUUCGAAAAAGGAGAACGUCAUCAAGAAUAUGUUUUUCAAGAUGUCUGAAAAGCAAAAGGAAAAAACUCUCAAUGAAGCAGUGUCAAUCAAGAAGCCAGUGGAGACUAAAGCAAAGUCGGCAAACGUGAGUGUCCUUAGCAUGUUGCAGAGCGCAGCAGCCAACAAGAAGUCAUCUGAUUUUGAGCCCAUUCCGGUGGGAAUAUCAACAGCUUGCGAUGAGAAUGAAUCGCUUGUGGUGCCACCAACGGAGCCACGCAAGCAGCCAGUGGAAAAGAAAGCGAAGCCGCCAGAAGUAAAUGUUCUCACAAUGUUAAAGAACGCCCCAACGGCUAAGAAAACGGGUAUUCAGGCCAUUCCGUCAGGAGAUACAAUUGUUUGCAGCGAGUACGCUCCGCCGCCUCUUGCCCCCCCAGCCAUCACACAGUUUGAUGUGGAUGUUCUGGCGCAGCUGCCAGACGAAAUACGACGAGAGAUACUCUGCUAUCCGGAGGAGUAUUUGCGCAUGACCAAGAGCACCGUGCACGGCAAACGAGACAUCCAAGCCAAAGAGCACGAGGAAAAAUCUAACAAAAAGAAGAGGAAAUCGCGCUCACGUUCCAGAUCCCGUUCGUCAUCACCGCCACCGCCGCCACCGUCGAUGCGUGUUGCGUGUCCUACUGCAAGUGAUUUAAAUGAGAGCGACCUGCAGCCCUCCACUUCGAAGGCGGCCUUGGCCAAGCACAAGAAGCGCGUCUGUCGUGCUGAUCAAAUUGUGGCUAACUAUGUACAGGAGCUGCCACAGCAUAUGCAUCCCGCCAUCUUACAGUAUCUUACAGCAAAUAAUACAAUAUCAAAAGUUCCUCCUGCGCCGGAUGUUGUGGCGCCGGCUGCCAAGCAACCUGUCAAGCCUACGCAACAUGAGAAUGUGUUUGUGGAUCCCAACUAUAAAAAUAUGCUGGCCACGUGGGUCAAAUCGGAGGAGGUGCCCAAACCAGCCGAUGUGGACUUAAUGUACAUGAACAUUUGCUAUUUGGUGGAAGAGAACAAAAUGGACAAAGUCUACGAGGUCAUGAAGUACCUGUGCCGCCUCAUCAAAGCCAAACGCGCCAGCUGUUGUCGCUGGCACAUGGCGUACAAUGAGAUCGAGUCGAACAUACAGGAAAAAGUGCACGAGAUAUUGGAUUGCCACAUCUAUUUUACGGAGGCGAUCGACUGUUACAAAUGUGCCUAAGCCGGGCUUUAAGUUUUAAAGAAUAAAUAACUUAGACCUAAAGUACAAAUGUUCCUUAGCUAUAGUUUGUGAAUGCCAAGUUCAUAUAGCUGAUGGUUAUAUUUAUAUGUA